CCGACGUGACGAAAGAGACCAGUAACGCCCCAGCCAUUAGUUGGCAUGUGGGCACCGGACACUAACUAUUUCCAAGAACUUGAUUGCGCCCAUGCCACCAAGAUCGCCGCGACAUGGAAGCCUGGUGACACUUUGUUCGAGUAGCUUGACGUCUUUAACCAUGCAUCCUGGGCUGCCCCUCUUGCCUUUGACAGGCGUAGCGAGAUUGCGACGGAGCUCAACUUUCUCUGACACCGUUUCAGAAGCCCGCAACUCCAUCAGAUCGUCCACCGACGAUCUGUUCCUUCCGCGGGUUGAUGCAAAUUCAAGGUCCCUAGACAGCAAUAAUAAUGAGUCCCACUGGCAGUCUGUCCCACUGGCGUUGGCGUUGCUGCCCGCAGUCGGGGGCCUGCUAUUCCCAAAUGGAAGCGCGGUAGUAACAGACAUCACUUUACUGGUUCUGGCAGCAGUAUUUCUUAAUUGGUCGAUUCGAUUACCCUGGGACUGGUACAUCUCAGCACAACAGAUGUCACGAAGUCUCACACUAGAAGACGAAUUCGACAUGGAUGUGAUUAUCGAGCAAGCUGAGGAACCAGAGCUUGAGCCGGGCAAUAAAGAGGACCGUGAUUCAAAGCCCAACCCGCAAGAAUGCGCAGCUUCGACGCCCCAAUCCGCAACUGCCCGGGCUGCAAUGGCGGAGCUCCACCGACACGAACUAGCAGCUCUAACAUCCUGCUUCCUCCUCCCCAUCGUAGGCGCUUGGCUCUUGCAUACCCUCAGAUCGCAACUCUCCCGACCCUCCGAGGGCCUCGUGUCCAAUUACAAUUUAACAGUCUUCCUCCUCGCCGCGGAAGUCCGCCCAUUCUCCCACCUGUUGAAAAUGGUCCAAGCACGUACCCUCUACCUACAACGCCUCGUCUCUUCCGACACCGGGGAACCCCGCGAGAAAAUCGACGCCAGCAAGAUCUUCGACAUCUCCACCCGCCUCGAGGAGCUAGAAGCUCACAUCGCAGAAACAGCCAGCAAGCGCGAGCAUCAAGACCAAUACCAGUCCCCCAACAGCACCAGGCACGGAAAAGAAUACUCCUCCGCAACCUCACCCGCAACCACCAAAGGCCUGUCCCCAGACAAUCAACCAUCACACCCGGACCUCUCAGCCCUCACCCGCGCCAUGCGCCGUUACGAAAAACGCACCGCCCUGCACGCCCACGAGACCGAAACGCGCCUUCAAUCUCUCGAAGAGCGACUGGGUGACGUCAUCUCGCUCAGCACCGCAGUGGCAGCGCAGCAGCGCCGCGCAGCGUCGAAUCGCAGCUCGCCGAUAUUUAUAUUGCUAAAUUGGAUGUACGACGCUGUUACGCUGCCGGCGCAGAUGGCGUGGGGGUUGUGUCGCAUGCCGUUUCGAAUAGUUGGGUGGUGCGCUUGGUGGUGUUUGGGGUGGGUGGGCGUUGGUCGCGGCAACAACAAGGGAGGCAGAGGUCAUAGGAAAGAUGUGGGGAAAGAGUUGGUGAGGAGGAGGAGUAAUGGCGGCGGUAGCGUGAAUGGGGGUGGUGGUGGUGGUGGUGAUAGUGGUGAUAGUGGUAGUCGCAACGGUGACCCGAAAUGGGCGCCUCACUCCAUUCCAAUGUCGAGGGAGCUGAUGGGUUCUACUGCACUUGGUGACGGCAGGGUGCAACAACGAGAGAUCGGGACAGCGAGGCUGCCGAUACCGAGUUUUACGAGGUGA